GUCACUCUGAAGUUUGCUGGAAACAACGGUUGAUUGCAGCUGCCAUCAUAAGGAAAUGUCAUUUUGGUAAACUGUUAUGAGAAACAUAGCUUUACAGCUUUGUUGUAGUAAAGUGUUGGGAAUGAAGCUCAAUUCUUAUGAAUAUGAUUGGAAACAGGAAAACAACACUGUUAAAUUGGAAAAGGAAAGUUUUUGUGAUCGACUCCUUGUGAUACUGAAAAGUAAGUGGAGCUAAAAGAAGCGAUGUGCAGAAGAUAUAUAGAAAUAGAUACAGAAAGCAAUUCUAGAUGGUUCAGAAUAUGGCACUCCCUUUUUAUUUAAUCUUGCUUUAAUACAAGUUGCUCCUGGCAGUAGCCCUUGCUUGGCCACUUCUUUUUACCUACAAGAAAGCAACAAACUACAGAGACAGAUACAAUGAGAGCAAGUGUUAUUGUAGUUUUAUCUCUCCACUGCGUUCUCUUAGCUUUUCUGCUUGUCCACUCUGUAGCUCAUCAGACGACCAACAGAGAAACCUUAGAAUUUGUUAUUCAUGGCAAAGGUAAAGCUCCAAGAAAUGGCUGCAGUUAUAAAGAACUGCAAUGUCUACAGCAAGAUGUUUUACAAUUUGCUGAUCAAAGACUCGCCGUGGUGUACCCUGUGAUCCAGAAAUUCAAGUCCAUAAUCACAUCUGAUCCUCUUGGCAUCACCAAAACUUGGGUAGGCCCAGAUAUAUGCAGUUAUAAAGGGUUCUUCUGCGAGAGUCCCCCUGACAACAAAAGUGCUAAAGCUCUUGCGUCCAUUGACUUCAAUGGAUUCCAACUUGGCGCCCCUUCUCUUGACGGUUUUCUUGACCAGCUACCAGAUAUUGCGCUCUUCCACGCAAAUUCAAAUCACUUUGCUGGUACCAUCUCACCCAAAAUUGCCAAUCUUCCCUAUCUCUACGAGCUUGAUAUAAGCAACAACCAAUUUUCAGGCCCAUUUCCUACUGCCGUUCUUCGCAUGACUGGUCUAGAAUUCUUGGAUAUUCGGUUCAAUUUCUUUACUGGGUCAGUCCCUCCUCAGAUAUUCACUCUAAAUCUCGACUGUCUAUUCAUUAACAACAACAAUUUUAUGCAGAAGUUGCCUGAUAAUAUAGGUAGUACCCACAUUCUUUUUCUCACCUUGGCCAAUAACAAAUUCAGUGGUCCACUUCCAGGAAGCAUUUUCAAAUCUUUCUCCGAUUUAACUGAGGUUGCAUUCUUAAACAACCAGCUAACGGGUUGUUUACCUUAUGAGAUAGGAUUCCUUAAAGAGGCUACAGUGGUUGAUCUUGGCAACAAUCAGUUAACAGGCCUGCUGCCACUCUCAUUGGCUUGUAUAGAGAAGGUGGAGCAACUCAACUUUGCCCGCAAUCUUUUAUUUGGGAUGGUGCCAGAGUUGGUGUGCGGGCUGGGUAAUCUGGUGAAUUUCUCUUUGUCAGAUAAUUAUUUUACAAAUGUGGGUCCUUUAUGUAGAAUUUUGAUUGAAAGAGGAGUGCUGGAUGUUAGGAACAACUGUAUUCCUGAUCUUCCUUUUCAAAGAUCCAUUGUUGAAUGUGCCCAGUUCUUUGCUCACCCAAAAUUCUGUCCCAAUAUGUGGUCUUAUGCUUCCAUUCCUUGUAUGCCCUACAUUCCGGAAAUGGCUCCUUCACCUUGACCUUCAAUUUACUCUGGCAAUAUGCAUUGGUCUGGGUUAUUUCUUUUUUCAAACUGUAAUUAAAGUUUUCAAGGUAUUGUAUGGACUGUAUGAAAUAAUAUGUUCUUGUAUGAUGAUAGUCAUCUCAUUCUGUUUAACAAUCCGGGUUUGAAAAUAGCAUGCUUAACCUCAGAUGAAGUUAUAAUAUUACUUGUCCAGUUACUCUGGUUUUCAAUAUUGUGCAUCA